GUUUGAUCGAAACUAGUCCACAGCAACAAAAAAUAAAAAAUGAAUGAAGCGGAUUCGUUUGCCUCUGUUAGUGCAAUGAAUGUGAUUAAUUGAAAUGUGUCUGGACAGCACAUAGUUUCAUUGAUGAUCAUUAGUGUGAUGAAAUUGACCAAUUAAUAUGGAAUAUCUUGUUUGCUUGAGUGAUGGGUUGUAUAGAGUGAAAUCGAAGAAAGAAACAUGUAAAACUCUGACUAAAGGAGCAGUCGUUAUCAUCCUUCUCCAUUUUCUUAUUCGCUUUGAGCAGGUGCGCGAACAUGGGGAUUUUGCGUCUUUGAAUAUCCCUGAUUAUGACGCCUCACUUCCUCCACUUCCGCCGGAAAUAAUGGAAGAUUUUCCAACCACCGGAAUAGAUAAGAUACCUAAAAUCAUCCACCAAACAUGGAAGAGUACAGCUGUGCCCCAGAUGUUUGUUCCAUGGGUGAAAACAUGGAUGAAACGUAACCCUGAUUGGGAAUAUUGGUUUUGGACAGAUGAAGCCACUAGAAAGUUCAUUGCAGAUAAAUAUCCAGAUUUUCUUCCAACAUUUGAUGGCUAUUCUCAACCCAUUCGACGUGCAGAUGCAAUGAGAUAUUUCAUUCUAUAUGAAUAUGGAGGUGUGUACGCUGAUUUAGAUGUAGAAAGCAUCCAGUCGUUUUCACCGAUUAUCAAAAAGUAUAGUUGUUUCUUGGGACAGGAACCUUUCGUACAUUCUGUUUUAGACACAAAUUUUGAACAUCUAGUCAUCAAUGCUGUUAUGGGAUGUCGGAAAGGUCAUCCCUUUAUGAAAUCUCUAGUCGAGAAAUUACCAUUAUUUUCACACAUGUGGCAUGUAUUGGACUCGACAGGCCCACAUUUCGUUACUCUAUGGUACAGAGAAUAUGAAAAACAUCAUUAUCCACCGGACCAUGUCAAUGGCACCUACUUAGCCCCAGCCCACUACUUCUUUCCCACUUUUGACCCCGCUAAAAGUUUCCAUUUUCAUUCGCAAUGCGCUAAUUUUCAAAAUUUGAAUCAAAUGGGUAAACGUGCGUGUAUUCAUUUGAAGAAAACAAGCCUCCAUCCGUAUGACAUGAAGAACUCGUUUGCAAACCACCAUUGGGUACAUACUUAUUCCUUGAUGUUCCGCCUUCCUCUUAAAGGACCAGAAGAUAUACGCGAUUUAGUUCCAGGUGUAAAAGUGUUAUAGUGAGCUUCCAUUGUGCAGUGUGCCGUAUUUUGUGUAAAUUCAGUAAAUUUGCUGAAACUUUUUGGAUCUUCACAUAGUACAUUUAUUCAAUAUUCUGCCAUUCAUUGUAUAUGGAACCGGAAUUGCUAUGUAUCGUAUUGGAUGUACAUGUAUAUUCUAUUAUGAGGAAUCGCAAACACCACGUUCGUGAUAAAUCAAUCAUAACGCAUUCAUUACUCAGCAAAGCACCAUCAAGCUUGUUGAUUUGGACUAUGUCUAGGAAGUGGAAUAUUAUUUUGUUGAUUACAAUUAUUUAAUUCAUAUUUUAUUAUUAAAGCUUAAUAUUUUGUCCUUAUAUAAGGUAAUUAAAUGUAACCUUGAAGUACUUUGACCAGGAAUUGUUAUCUUUCGACAAACGAGUCCCAUAAAUUAUUUGUUUCAACUAAACAAUUUUUAGUCGUAUUUUAACUAUUAAAGUUACAUAUUUGUCC